CUUGAGCUCAAGUCUUCGCUCGACGUAGCAAUCUUGCAGACCUCUCGAGGGCUAGCAACGUGCCGGGAGUCUGUCCUCCUCCUUCGACCAGUCCGCGAAGUCCACAAGACAGGCCGACAGAGACGCCGCGUUUCUUAGACCAUCUACCAUGCCUUGGGCAUGGGCCUUCCCUUGGACUCUUGCGUGGAUUGGGAUCUGUCUCAUCCCUUCGUCACUUUUUCUUGCGGAAGCGAGUGGCGAUCACGAGAUUUCCGUCCUAGAAGGCCUUGCUGAAGAACUCUUCACGCCUUUUGCGGAAAACUUCCAAGAGGAUGCCUUGCCUCAGAUCAAUGCCUCCCACUUACUUCCUAGCAGUCAGAAACUUUACUCCUCCUCCCACGGAGAGAUUCUAGACACUCUCAUACUCCUCCUCGACAACAAGGCCUCAAAGCGGCAGGUAGACAGCUCUGUUCCCGUUGAGAGCCUCCCUUGUCCUUUCUGCCCUAAAUGCUACCCAGGUCAGCCCUGUCCUCUUAGCUGCCCGCCAACCCCGUGUCCAACAUGUUACCCUGGGAGUAUGUGUCCCGUUGGGUGCCCAGCCACUCCAUGUCCUCCUUGCUACCCUGGGACUUCUUGCCCAAGGGGAUGUCCUCCUACACCUUGUCCUGAAUGCUAUCCAGGUGUCCCGUGUCCCAUUGGUUGUCCGAUCACAGCAUGCCCUCCAUGCUAUCCUGGGAGUCCUUGCCCUCCAGGGUGCCCUCAGACAGCUUGUCCUCCAUGCUACCCAGGCGAGAAAUGUCCUCUGGGUUGUCCAGCUACUCCCUGUCCUCAAUGCUUUCCUGGCACUCCGUGUCCUCCAGGCUGUCCAUUGACCGACUGUCCUGCCUGCUACCCAGGAUUCCCUUGUCCUCCAGGCUGUCCAACCACACCCUGUCCUUUGUGCUACCCAGGAGUGCCCUGUCCUGUCGGAUGCCCUGUCCUCACUUGUCCCGAGUGCUAUCCAGGAUCGCCAUGCCCCGCAGAGUGUCCACCCACUCCCUGCCCACCGUGUUAUCCUGGAGAGAAAUGCCCAAGAGGCUGCCCAAGCACUCCGUGCCCUGAUUGUGUUCGUGGCCAGCCCUGUCCCCCUGGUUGUCCCCCCGGCCCCUGUCCACCUUGCUAUCCUGGAACAGCUUGUCCUGUAGAUUGUCCUGUGACCCCCUGUCCUACCUGCUACCCAGGGGACCUGUGCCCUAUUGGAUGCCCUCCGACACCGUGUCCAGUCUGCUAUGGAGACACAAAAUGCCCUGCAGGAUGUCCAGUUUACCCCUGCCCUGAUUGCUAUCCUGGUAGCUCCUGUCCCUCUGGUUGUCCUCCCACUCCCUGCCCAGUGUGCUUUGCAGCUGGCCCUUGCCCUCCAGGUUGCCCACGGAUCCCAUGUCCUGACUGCUACCCUGGAAGCUCCUGCCCUCCUGGUUGCCCUCUGACACCAUGUCCUACUUGCUACCCUGGGGACAAGUGCCCAGGCCAAUGCCCUGUCAUUCCUUGCCCUGACUGCUACCCAGGACAGAGCUGUCCAGAGAAGUGUCCCGCAACACCGUGUCCUGACUGCUACCCUGGUGAUGUAUGUCCUCUAGGGUGUCCCUAUACACCGUGUCCUUCUUGCUACCCAGGACAGAGUUGCCCACCUGGAUGCCCCCCAACGCCCUGUCCUUCCUGCUUCCCAAAUACCCCCUGCCCUGUAGGCUGUCCCAUCACCCCAUGUCCAGAAUGCUACCCAGGAGAGAGAUGCCCUCCUGGCUGUCCACAAACACCUUGCCCAACCUGCUACCCCGGUGACUCUUGCCCAUUGGGAUGUCCAGUCACCGAGUGCCCUGCAUGUUACCCAGGGCAGAAUUGCCCAGUGAGCUGUCCUGUGCUGCCAUGCCCUACUUGUUACCCAGGAGAUCCAUGCCCAGGCAACUGUCCUCCAACAGAUUGCCCGCCCUGCUACCCAGGCUUCAGAUGUCCUUCAGGAUGUCCCGAAACCCCUUGUCCAUCAUGUUAUCCUGGGCAAUCAUGUCCCAUAGGAUGUCCUCCCACACCUUGCUCAAUCUGCCUGCCUGGCAAGCCAUGUCCCCCUGGGUGUCCCGUGUCCCCAUGCCCCCCGUGUUAUCCAGGUGAAAAAUGUCCUGAAGAAUGCCCAGUGACACCCUGCCCUGAGUGCUACCCUGGAGAUCCAUGCCCUCUUAUCUGUCCUCCUACGCCAUGUCCUGAAUGCUUCCCUGGAACACCAUGCCCCGUAGGCUGUCCCCCAACCCCAUGCCCGCCUUGUUUAGCGGGAGACCCCUGCCCACCAGGAUGCCCUAUCACCACCUGCAACUGUAGUCCCGGUCCACCUGGCCCACCUGGCGGCAUAGGAACCAGGAUUCCAGGGCCUCCUGGGUCCAGAGGUCCCCCAGGUGUUGGGCCUCCGGGAAUCCAUGGCCCUCCAGGGGCUCCCGGAACCUGCUCGGGUUACCGACCUGGACUUCCCUGUGGGAGCUGCUGCCCCUCGAGUGAUGACCUCCAAGCCAUGGCCAACACGACCUGCUGCAGACGUCCAGCAUGCAGUUACAACGCAACGGAAUUACUGGAUAAACUUAAUAAUCUGGAGAGGAGGCUGGCGAGACUUCAGUACAUCCAGGCUGAACUAAAGACACAGAGCAGGAAAAUGAGAGAACUUAAAGACAGAGUGACAGACUACGACUUCCGCGGCGACAAGGGCCACAAGGGCGUGAGCGGCGCCCGCGGCUACAAGGGCGUGCAGGGGGCGCCGGGCCUCCAUGGCGAGUGUCAGGAGGUCACCAACUACCCCACGAAGGGCCCCCUCGGCCCCCCAGGCCACAAGGGGGUCAAGGGCGACCCCGGGUCCAAAGGGCCGUGCAACUGCCGCGGCGAGCGAGGCGAGCGGGGACUCCCCGGCGAGUCCGUGAAGGGCGCGGCUGGUCCUCGAGGCUUCAAGGGCGACAAGGGCGAGCGAGGGAGGUCUUCGUCGCUCGACUUCGACUCCAAGUCCUUGCUGAAGAAGGUCGAGGAAGACGAGGCGGCGUGAGGAAGAAUGGGAGGAGGAGGAAGGGA